AGGUAGUAGGUACCCAUAAAAAUAAAGAUCACCUACUUCUCUCAUCACUGUAGUUAUAUGAUUAUAUCACUUAUAUAUAGUUAUAUUAUAAUUCAGUUGGUUUUUUUUAUUUCUGUGUGAAUCACUAUAACAACAACAACACCACUUAGAAUAUUAAAAUAUCAUAUUUAUAUCUGGUCAUCUGGUCACUAUUUAAURGGGACAUAGGGACUUCAAGUGACGUUGUAUCUGUGAUUGAUAAUUUACUAUUAUAUUCGACAUCAUGUUUAGAAAAUUUGCAUCAGCGGUUUCAACGGUUCGCUUUACACAGCAAAAUUUCCAGAACAUUCCAAAGUUUAAACAAAUUGCAAUUACUAAUUCAGUUACACGAUCAUUUUCUUCAUCUCCUGUGACUAAUGUUAAGGUACAAGAACCAGCGCCCCAAUUUGAAGGUAAAGCAAUUAUUGAUGGACAAAUACAAAAUAUAAAACUUUCAGAUUUUGUGGGAAAAUACUUGGUUUUAUUUUUCUAUCCCUUGGAUUUUACAUUUGUUUGCCCAACUGAAUUAGUGUCAUUUAGUGAUCACAUUGAUGAAUUUAAAAAAAUUGGUGUAAAUAUAAUUGGAUGUUCGUGUGACUCACAUUUUUCGCAUUUAGCAUUUGUUAACACCCCUCGAAAGCAUGGUGGUUUGGGUGGUUUGUCUUAUCCACUAUUAUCAGAUUAUAAAAAGGAAAUUGCCAAAGCCUAUGAUGUUCUUAUCGAACCUGACGGCAUACCACUCCGUGGCCUAUUUAUUAUAGACCCAAAAGGAAUAAUAAGACAAAUUACCAUCAAUGACUUGCCAGUAGGACGUAGUGUAGAUGAAGUUCUAAGACUUGUUCAAGCUUUCCAAUUUGUUGACAAACAUGGAGAAGUUUGUCCGAUGAACUGGAAGCCAAAUAGUCCAACUAUCAAACCAGAUCCAAAUCUUUCAAAGGAAUAUUUUGGUAAUGUCAACAAGUGAAUUAUUGUGCAAUACUAAAGUACUUACAAUUAUUUAUAACAAAACAGGAAUAUUAUCUUAAAAUAAAAUAUCAAUUUGUUUAUACUUUAAUGCCUGGAGAGUCGCAAGAAAGAUCCCUCAACAUAUUAUUUUAAUGAAUCAAACGGUCAUAAAACAUGAUUUGAUUUAAUUGACCAUUAAAUUUUAGUGCAACUCGGCAUAAGAGUAUUAUAAAUGUGUGUCACUUGAAUUAGAUAUUUUAAAUCUAACUGUUAAUUUCAAUUACUUAAAUAAAUAGUAAAUUUGCAACUAUGACAAAA